AUGGAAACGCCCCCCGAGCCCGAGUUGCCGCGCUCCUCUCGUCCGCCUGCUCCGCCUCCCCCGACUCUUCCUCCCCCCACCCUCAUGGCGAGUAGCUGCUCUGUGGUUACCCUGCUCUUCCCUGAGGCAGGAGCUGACAAGAUCCGCGCCACGCUCCUGUCCAAAAUCCUCGCGAAACUGAAGCCUUCUCUCUUCUCCUGCGGAUUCGUACCCGAUGCUCGCCCCGCCAACGGAGAAACCAUGCGGUUCGCCGGACGGUCCUAUGCGACGAUCUGUGUCUCCUGGCCUACGGAACAAUCUGCCCGCGAGUUCCUCCCUAUCUUCAACAACCCCAUUGAGCUCGGCCCCGGGCGUUCCAUCUCGGUCAAACCGUACACCGACCCUCAGCCCGAGUUCACUGCGGCCAAGGCCAAUGGGUCCCCCGUACUCUCCCUGUGCCGUGUUCCAGCCCGCUUUGAAGAAUCGAACUUGCUGGCGUACCUGGUGCCCCGCUGGCUAGCCGGAAUCAACUCCUUCCACCGCAUGCAAGACCCCUAUGACGGGGUGUUCCUCAACAUCUUCACCAGAAUCCCUAUCCCGUUGACGGCAGACCCUGAUAUCUGCACCAUCCCAGCCCUGAUCCCCAUCGGCGGUAACGAGCCAGAAAUCCUCGUCAAAGUUUCCACCCACGCCUGCUCCAUCUGUGCAAGCAACCACCGCAUGGAGGACCACGCGAUCUUCUCCUGUAAGCGCAAGGGACGGCUCAGUAACAAGGCGCAUCUCACAGUUGCCCAGUUGCAGCAGGCAAAUGGAAGCGUCCUUGGAGCCCGAACCGCGCCCAACGCCUUCCGCGCCGACCCCGGGCUUCUCUUCAUCGGAACGGACCUGGACGUCGAGCCAUGGACCUGCGUGGCCUGCAACUUUGAGUGCGGCCCUGCCAUCGACAGUGCGCUGCAGCACAUGGAAUCACCACAGCACCGCGCCCAGCUGCUCGCAAACGCGCACAAGGCAGCCAAGGAGAAGUAUCUCACUUGGAGCUAUUCUGCCUUCAUGAAGGAAGGAGGAUUCGAUGAGUUUCUCAAGAAGUUGAAGUUCUUGACCCGCGCCUAA